UUGAAAAAAUAAAUCUCGACUCUCAAAGAAAGGUAUUUUUGUUGAAAUAAUUCUCAUUUUAUGGUUGAAGAUUCAAUAGCUUUUGAAGGCAGAUCAUACUACAGUGUUAUGUUGGCGUUGUUAGACGAUCUGGGCGCUGUUGAACGGUGUCCUAUUUUGGAUCCUAGCGAGUAUUGCUCUGAGGAAUCAGAUUCCUAUACAGUGUAUAAUUCUCCAGCCAGCAGUUGUAUUGAUGACCCAAACAUUGCUGCAGAAGUGGAAAUAUCAAAAGAUUUAGCAGAUGAGGAGUUCUCUUUUUAUGAACAAUGUUUAAGCAACCUUGAUGCUGAUCUGAAAUCAUCUGAUCCACUACCUUGGGCAAAUCUUGCACAUCUUGGUGACACAAUAACAGAAUUUUCUUUAAAUGAAUGUAGAAACAAGCAGACAGAAGGUGAAAGCUCCCAAUCUGGAAGUGUUUGUACAGAUGACUACUGGAACAGAUGUAAUUCAUGGGUUAACAGUACAACAGUUGAAGACAAAUCAUAUGAUAAAGAAUGUACACAUAAAUCACAAUCAAAGACGAAAAGGAAUUGUAAUGGAAUAAGAGAGUUUAUGGAUAAAUUAUCAUGGAAAGAAAUGACAUCUUCACAACAAAGAGAGACAAUUGAGCAUUUAACACAAAUAGUUUCAUCAACGAUGGGACUUCGUGAACAACUUGAUGUCAUAAGAAUACUCAAUCCAAAGGCAGUUGUUUCUUCAACAGAUACAGAAUUUGAAAUAGAUUUGGAGUUGUUAAAUUGUGAGAAAUUAGAAAGAAUUCGAGAAUAUGUAAAACAACAUGGUAUUCAGACAGUAAAAAGCUUAAAGAAUAGUCAAAGGCCAGUCAGAAAAACAAAGCGGAAGGACCUAAAUCUUCACAGAAAUAAGGGGAAAGUAGAUAAAGAACAAAAUGCAUUGUUAUCGCGUGUGUACAAGCAGUUACUAAAAGAAAAACGUAGUGGUCUAUUUCAUAAUGAACAGGUGAUUUCGAUUUCCAAGACGAAGCUGCAACAAACUAGCCAAAACAGUAAUAAUGAAGAUGAUGAUAAUGAUGAUAUGGAAAUUGAUAUAUUACAUUGAAUGAAACAUGGUUAUGGAAUAAUUUGACAGACUAUAAUUUGGCAUAAUUGAAAAA